AUGGCGGCGUGCCGUAUCGCUGAAGCCGCCAUCCGCAGAGAUGACUGCUCGCUCUCAUUCAUUAGAGGGGCAGGAGGGUCGGGGCGCAAGACGUCGCGCGCCGCCCGACGAUAUCGAUUUUGUCCCACUCUUCCCCCGCGCCACCCCAUCUCCCGCCGCACUCAGCAUCCGACCUCGAGUGCUCUCCUCUCGUGCCUACCGAACACCUCCGACAGAAACUACGCCUUAACGACAUGUUGUCACAGCUCAAAAUACUGCUGCUUAACGUGA